AAGCCUGCUGGGAUGGGAGGGCACAACGGCUCUCAGACUCCACACACACUUCCUGCUCUCGCUCAGCUCCAUCAUCAGGGAAGGCAGUCCGCGGGAGAGCAGAGGAGGGAUGGCGGAGAAGAGCCCUGACCCGAGCGGCUCGAGCGCCCGCAAGUGUCCCGCUUUUUCUCCCGGAGAGAGACUGCAGCCGUCUGCAAGCGGCUCGUCCAAAUGGGUUCGUCUGAACGUCGGCGGCACGUACUUUCUCACGACGACACAAACGCUGUGCAGAGACCCGAAGUCUUUCCUGUACCGUCUGUGCCAGGCCGACCCCGACCUCGACUCCGACAAGGAUGAAACAGGUGCUUAUUUGAUAGACCGCGAUCCCACUUAUUUUGGUCCGGUGCUCAACUAUCUGAGACACGGGAAGCUGGUGCUGAACCGAGGCUUAGCAGAGGAAGGCGUGCUGGAAGAGGCCGAAUUCUACAAUAUCACUUCACUGAUUAAACUGGUCAAAGACAAAAUCAGGGAGAGGGAUUGUAAGACGGCUCAGCUCCCUGUGAAGCACGUCUACAGAGUCCUGCAGUGUCAGGAGGAGGAACUGACACAGAUGGUCUCCACCAUGUCAGAUGGCUGGAAGUUUGAACAGUUGGUCAGUAUCGGCUCUUCAUACAACUACGGAAAUGAGGAUCAAGCAGAGUUCCUCUGCGUGGUCUCCAAGGAGCUGCACAAUCAGUCAUACGGCACAAACAGCGAGCCCAGUGAAAAGGCCAAGAUUCUUCAAGAACAAGGCUCUCGAAUGUGAAACGGCUGUGUUUUAACGCUCUGGUCCUGCAGUUGCCGGGCAGAAUGACACGCACCAUAUCGCACCGAGAGAGAAUUGUCAAGCGGAAUGACAACCUAUUUGGAAUGGAUGUUCUGUUUUUUUUUAUUUUUUUAGAUUCGUUGACACUUGUUUGUGCCUGCACAGUUAAACCAGACUGUUGUUUCUUGACAUCGACAGAUCUAUCCGAAUUGUUUGGUUUGAAAGGUGGGAAUAUGCAUGUCAUUAGUAAGCUGAGCAAAAAGGGCCUCGAUCACGCCUGGGCCAAUCAUGUUUACUCAGGGUCUCUUAUCGGCUUUCACAAACUGUUUAUCAUGUCAUUUGUGAAAAAGAAAAAAAAAACUUAAAACUGUAUAUUAUGCCAGAAAGUUAAACCUCGUUGUUUAAAAUUAUAAUUAAGAGAGUGGAAUUUUUAAAAAGUAAAAAGUA